ACAGCGCCCCGUAGGCCCGCAGCGCAAUCAUGUUCGAAAAAGACCUCUACGCCCUCAUCCGGGGCAUGAGGAACCACAAGGGCAAUGAGAAGGAAUACAUCCAGAACAGCCUGAAAGAAUGCCGCCGCGAGGUCCGCAGCCCCGACAUGGACAACAAGGCCACCGCCCUGCUCAAGCUCGUCUACCUCGAGAUGUUCGGUCACGACAUGUCAUGGGCCUCGUUCAACGUCCUCGAGGUCAUGUCCAGCCAGAAGUACCUGCAGAAGCGUGUCGGCUACCUCGCCGCCGUCCAGACCUUCCGUCCAGACACAGAGGUCCUCAUGCUGGCCGAGAACCUGCUUAAGAAAGACUUGAACUCGCCGCAACUUCCGACCAUCGGCCUUCCGCUUGUCACAAUCCCUCAUGUCGUCAAUCCGUCCAUGGCCAAUUCACUCUUGACCGAUCUCCUCCCUCGUCUCACCCACUCUUCGCCCGCCAUCCGCAAGAAGACCAUUGUCACCCUAUACCGCUUGGCCUUGGUCUAUCCCGAGACUCUACGUCCUGCAUGGCCAAAGAUCAAGGAACGUCUGCUCGACGAGAACGAGGACUCGAGCGUCACGGCCGCCAUCAUCAACGUCGUGUGCGAACUUGGCUGGAGGAGACCCCACGACUUCUUGCCCCUUGCCCCUCGAUUGUUCGAACUACUGGUCCAAGGCUCAAACAAUUGGAUGGCUAUCAAGAUCAUCAAGCUCUUUGCCACUCUCGUACCCUUGGAACCUAGACUAAUCAAGAAGCUGCUACCCCCAUUGACCGCUUUGAUCAAGACUACUCCAGCCAUGAGUCUGCUGUAUGAAUGUAUCAACGGUAUCAUCCAAGGUGGCAUUCUGGACGGCGCCGAAGGAACAGUCGAAGGUGACGAGAUCGCACGCUUGUGUGUCAGCAAACUCCGAGGCAUGCUUGUCGUUGAAGGUGACCCCAAUCUCAAAUAUGUCGCUCUCCUCGCCUUCAACAAGAUUGUCGUCUCUCAUCCUCAACUCGUCGCCUUGCACUCUGAUGUCGUCGUCGAAUGCAUUGACGAUCCGGAUAUCUCAAUUCGCACAAGAGCGCUAGAUUUGGUCUCCGGAAUGGUUGAUCCCACUAACCUCAUGCCGAUUGUUGAGCGUCUCCUGCGACAACUUCGAGAGGCUACUCCGGCCUCGGCUGUGCAUGAUCCGACCAACGAUAGAGGCAUGCAUGCUGGUGUAGUACCCUCUGGAGACUCGGACGAUGAAGAGGCGGCAGAGUCAUUACGAAGGCGAGAAGCCCGCUCAUCAGAAGCCCCACCGCUACCCGAAGACUAUCGCCAGAGUGUCAUUGAGAAGAUCCUCGAAAUGUGCUCGAGAGAAACAUACGCCAACAUCACUGACUUUGAAUGGUACAUUGGCGUCCUGGUUGACCUUGUUGGUCACUGCCCGACCGUGGGCACCCAGUCUCUAGACAGCUCCUCAAAACCCGUAAAGGACGUCGCAUAUCACAUCGGUCUUGAACUCCAGAAUGUUGCUGUUCGUGUGAAGAGCGUGCGGCCAGAAGUGGUAGCUGCAGCACAGUCGUUGAUCAUAGUUGAGCGAAGAAAAGACAUGUUUCCUGCUUCUGGAAAUGGUGCACAGGCUGUUCUCGCAUUCGUGGCUUGGUUGGUUGGCGAGUAUCCUGAUCUACUUCCCGAUCCGCAGGCUGUUUUGAGUUCGUUACUGCACUCCACUAGCGCCCAGCUGCCUGCGAACAUUCUUGCCAUCUACGUACAAGCCAUACCUAAAGUCUUCGCCCGUCUAACGUCCAACCAAGAACGAUCGUGGACUGCAUCCAGAAAGUCACAAUCCGAUCUAUUGAUGGCCAGGAUCAUACACUUCUUAGAACCACUCGUUCAGCAUCCUAAUCUCGAGGUUCAAGAGAGGGCCGUCGAAUAUCUCGAAUUGAUGCGUGUCACCUCCGAAGCAAUUCAAGCACAUGCCGUUGAAGGCGACGAGGAUGGAUUCGUAGAUGCGCCCUUGUUGCUCACCCAAGCCAUACCUUCGUUGUUCAUGGGCCAGGAGCUAAAUCCUGUUGCGCCUGGUGCUCUGACCAAGGUGCCGCUUACAGAAGGACUGGAUCUUGACACGCCCAUCAACGAUAACUUGCAAAUACUCCUCUCGCAAGCAGACUACGAUGACAUGUCAUUCCCGGACGAAGACAAUGUUUCCAAGUUCUAUUUCGAGAAGCCUUCAGCAGCAGCAGUACAGCCUACUUCAGCGGCUGAUUAUCUGGAGCCUAAGGAAGAUUCGCAGACCGGCUCUUACCAGGCAGAGGACCGCAACAUCGAUCCCAAGGAUAUUGCCAAGAAGAAGGCCGAGAGGCGCGAAAGAUACAGAGACGAUCCAUUCUACAUCGAUCCAGAGCGUGGGUCUGGAACCUCAACACCACUGCAUAACAUCCUUAAGAGCAGCAAUGGCGAAGAUCUGGACAUUGACUCGAUACCUAUCAUGGAUCUGCAACUUGAUAGCAAUAACACAGCAGCCGAGGCAGAUCGUCUGCGCAAAUCCAAGGCACCGAAGAAGUCACGCAACAAGCGGGUUGAGAUUGCUCAGGACGAGACGAUAGGUGACGACACACCUGUGCCUGCAGCGGCACCAGCCAAAGCUUCCCUCCUCAGCAGACCCAAGAAGUCCCUGUUACAUGUUGACAGUAGCGGCCUUUCGUCCCUCUCGCUCUCAGAAAACGCGUCUUCUCGUGAGACACAGCUAGACUUUGAACGCCGCCAACAGGAAGAAGAAGAGAUGGCAAAGGCAAUCAAGGAAGUUGAACGUGCACGUCUUGAAAUGCAGCGUGCCCAGGAGCGGGUGGAAGCGAGCCACAUACCCGAAGAAGGCACAAUAGUCAAGCGUAAAAAGAAAAAGACAAAACCAAGGACGGAAGAGGAGAAGCCUGCAGAGUCAGAAAAGACAUUAGCAGAUGAUGCCGAGGGCACUACAGUGGUGAAAAAGAAGAAAAAGAAGAAGACCAAGGAGGACAGCGUAGAGUCCCCAGAAGGAGAUGCCGGUGCUGAAGUCGAGGCAGCUACGGUCAAGACAAAACGAAAGAAGAAGAGGCAGAUCAAUUUUGACGAGCAGGGAGAUGCACCGACUGCUUGA